AAAGAUCGUUAAAACCCGUAAAGACGCGUUUUCACCGGCACAUGACGUCACUUAGCGUCUUCGCCACCGGGCCCGGUGUCUCGCGCCGUUUGAACCGUGAACGUGUUCGUUCAAUGAUCGAGUUGACGUCACGAGACACAAAAUGAAAACACGUCAGAAAAACAACCCGUUCAGUAAAAACGUACAGGAAACAGCAGCCGUCAGGAUGCAGAGCACCACCAACUACCUGUGGCUGAUCUCAGACCUGCUGGGUCAGGGCGCCACGGCCAACGUCUACCGGGGACGACACAAGAAAACCGGGGACCUGUACGCCGUCAAGGUUUUCAACAACCUGAGUUUUUUGCGGCCGCUCGACGUCCAGAUGAGAGAGUUUGAGGUUCUGAAGAAACUAAACCACAAGAACAUUGUGAAACUCUUCGCUGUGGAGGAAGAGUCGAACACGCGUCACAAGGUGCUGGUGAUGGAGUACUGUCCCUGUGGAAGUCUCUACACCGUGUUGGAGGAGUCGUCCAACGCCUACGGUCUCCCGGAGGACGAGUUCCUCAUCGUCCUGCACGAUGUCGUGGCAGGUAUGAACCACCUGAGAGAAUACGGCAUCGUUCAUCGCGACAUCAAACCAGGAAACAUCAUGAGGGUGAUCGGAGAGGACGGCUGCUCCGUCUACAAGCUGACGGACUUCGGGGCGGCGAGAGAGCUGGAGGACGACGAGCAGUUUGUGUCUCUGUACGGAACCGAGGAAUAUCUGCAUCCCGACAUGUACGAGCGCGCCGUGCUGAGAAAAGACCACCAGAAGAAGUACGGUGCCACCGUGGAUCUGUGGAGCAUCGGCGUCACCUUCUACCACGCCGCCACCGGCAGCCUCCCGUUCAGGCCGUUCGAGGGGCCGCGCAGGAACAAGGAAGUGAUGUAUAAAAUCAUCACAGAGAAACCGUCCGGGACCAUCUCCGGUCACCAGAAGUGUGAGAACGGGAAGAUCGAGUGGAGCACGGAGAUGCCGGUGUCCUGCAGUCUGUCAAAGGGUCUGCAGAGCCUCCUGACUCCGGUUCUCGCCAACAUCCUGGAGGCCGAUCAGGAGAAGUGUUGGGGCUUCGACCAGUUCUUCGCCGAGACCAACGACAUCCUGCACAGAGCCGUGGUUUACAUGUUCAGUGUGCAGCAGGCGACGCUGCAUCACAUCUACAUCCACGAGUACAACACGGCGGCGCUGUUCCAGGAGCUGAUGUCCCGCAGGACGAGCAUCCCGCUACACAACCAGGAGCUGCUGUACGAGGGCCGCCGCCUCGUCCUGGACCCGAACCGCCAGGCCAAGAACUUCCCCAAGACGUCCAGAGACAAUCCCAUCAUGGUCGUCAGCCGCGAGUCCGUCGCCACCGUGGGACUCAUCUUUGAAGACCCGAGUCCUCCUAAAGUUCAGCCUCGCUACGACCUGGACCUGGACGCCAGCUACGCAAAGACGUUUGCAGGCGACGUCGGACACUUGUGGAAAACCUCCGAGUCUCUGCUGGUUUAUCAGGAGCUGGUGAGAAAAGGAGUUCGAGGUUUGACUGAGCUGAUGAAGGAGGACUACAGUGAGAUCCAACACAAGAAGUCUGAGGUUUUCCAUCUGUGUAACUACUGCACAAAGAUACUGGAGAAAACUGAGCAGCUGUUCGAGGUGUUGAUGCAGGCAAAUCUUCUGUCGUCGGAGUACGAUGAGAUCUCAGAUAUGCACAAGAAAGUCGUCAGAAUCUCUGCAACUUUGGAGCCGAUCGAACGAACGACACAAGACAUCAAGAGUAAGUUCCUCCCAGGAGGCCUCCUGACGGACGGCUGGACGCUGCAGGUGGGGACGCACCCCAAAGACAGGAACGUGGAGAAAAUCAAAGUUCUGCUCGACGCCAUCACGGCGAUUUAUCAUCAGUUCAAGAAGGACAAAGCAGAAAGACGUUUGCCGUACAACGAGGAGCAGAUCCACAAGUUUGAUAAGUCUGACUGUGUGUCUCUCAGACAGAAGCUGGUUCUUCAUGCGAGUAAAUCUCGUUCACUGUUCACUGAAGAAUGUGCCAUGAAAUAUCGUCUGUUCAUCUCCAAGAGUGAAGAGUGGAUGAGGAAGCUUCAUCACGUGAGGAAGCAGCUGCUCGCUGUGUCGGGUCAGCUGAUCAGCAUCGAGAAGGAGGUCACUAUGCUGAUGGAGCGAACCAUCAAGCUGCAGGAACAGCUGCCUCAGAAGGUUCUUCCUCUGGUUUCCAGUGGGAUGAAGCCUCAGGCGUAUCUGAGUCAGAACACACUGGUGGAGAUGACACUCGGGAUGAAGAAGCUGAAGGAGGAGAUGGAGGGCGUGGUCAAAGAGCUGGCAGAGAACAACCACUUCUUAGAGAGGUUCGGGACGUUGACGCUGGACGGAGGAUUGAGAGGAUGAGCAGUUUGUACAGAUUCUGUCUUUAACUUGUAAAUAAUGUUGGACUGUGACAUGGAUUGUUUUGUAUGAACGAGCCUCUCGGACUCGGUCUGUGACUCGGUCUGUGACUCGGUCUGUGACUCCGCUGCUUCACAAACAGCUUCGAUCAGUUCAACGGUCGGGAUGAGACGCGUCAAUCAUAUUCUGACCUGAAGGAAAAUGAAGCUGCGAAACAAAAAAAUCACUUAAAAUACCCAGAAUUCUGCUGAAAACACAUCAAACACCCGAGACGUCCGUUAAUCUGUCCUUUGAUUUCCAUUUACAAGUUCAGAUACUUGAAGGGAAACAUUAAAAGUCAAAGGUUUAAAUGACUAUUUUAAGUUUUUUGCAUUUAAGGGUUUAGAUUUCUCAUAAAUAUCUUAAACUACAAAUGAAUAUUUACAUUUGAAUGUAUUUUUAGUGUUUGGUGUGUUUUCAGGUGUUGAUGAUGAUUAAAUAACGAUGCAUGUAAUUGUAAUAAAUCUUUAAAAGAUAUAAAACUACUUUCACUUACUACAAAUGAUUAAUUAUCUCAUUAAAAAUGAUAAAUUACCGUUGCACUGAGUGAAAGCUGAAUAUUUGAGGUCAAAAAGCUUAUUCUAUUUGUUUUUAUUAGGUUUUCAUUUUCUAUUUAAUUUCUUAUUUAUUGUUUGUUCAAAAACAAUCAAUAAUCAUUAUGGGAUAUUUUCUCUGGACAGUAAUUUACUGGUUGUCAUUAGAAACGUCAGAAUCCUCGCUGACGGUUAAAAGACAAACAUCUGUUGUCAUUUUUUAUCUGGAGACUUAAAUUCUUUUGUUUGGUCAAUAAUCAUCGUUCAAAAUGUUCAGUGACGAUUUAAAAAACCUGUAAAUAAAUAAAAAUCUGAAUGUUUCUGA